AUGAAAAGUUUGAAAUCAUUUAGACAUAUUCAUGUAAACCACUACAAGAGGUCAACUCCUCCCAUCUCAGUACCGUUGAAUAAACUAUUCUCCGGAAACUUCCCCCUUCCUUUGAAACAAUCAUUUUUGGAUUACAAAAACAGGAAAAAUUUGAAGUCAUUCCAAGACAAUCUCUUACGAUUAAUACCAUUUUAUCCAACAUCUAAGAAUGGCGUGUCUUCACAAGUCAUAUCUACAGAUAUAGGUAAUGACAACUAUAUAAACGAGUUUGUGAUAUUUCCUAAUGAAAGUACUCGUAAAAACUAUUCAAAAGCUAAUCACCUUAUAAUGAUCCAUGGAUAUGGUUCAGGAUUAGGUUUAUUCAUAAAAAACUUCCCUGCAUUGAUUAAGGACAAUUGGGUUAUCCAUGCUAUUGAUUUAUUAGGCUAUGGAUGUUCUUCCAGACCUCCUUUCACUCCUAAAAACUUCGAUGAAGUAGAAUCUUGGUUCCAUGAUUCUUAUAAAACAUGGAGUGAGAAACGAGGCAUACCUUCUAAUAACUUGGUGCUAGCUCAUUCUAUGGGUGGUUAUUUGAUGGCAUCUUAUGGAAUGAAAUACCCUGAAUUUUGUAAGAAGAUGAUCAUGGCAUCUCCAGGAGGUAUAAUUCAUCAUAGGAAUCCCAUCAACAUUCCAUCAUAUUUCACCAAACUAUGGGAAAGAAAUAUCUCACCAUUUUCCUUGGUUAGAAAUGCUCAUAUUUAUGGAUCUAAACUCGUAAGUGCAUGGUCAUACAGAAGGUUUUCAAAGCUUUCGUUUAAAGAGAUUCAAGCCCUUCAUCAUUACGUUUAUGGGAUUUUUCAAGCUCCAGGUUCUGGUGAGUAUAUGUUGAAUUAUCUUCUUAAGCCUGGUGCUGAACCUCGAUUCCCCAUGACAGAAAGACCCCUUGAAAAAGUGAAAUUUGACAUCGAUUGGUGGUAUGGAUCAGAUGAUUGGAUGAACAUUGAAGGUGCCAAUAUCUUAUCUCGACGCUUACGUAAUGAGGGAUUGAAUUCAACUGUGCUAACUAUUUCCGGAUCAGGACAUCAUGUGUACCUUGAUAACUACCACACAUUUAAUAGGCUUUUAUUACAGGAAAUGGAUAAAUUGUCAUAA